GUAGAUAGGAGCACCAGCCGCCUGCAGGGAGCCAUUCUGGCAUUCACUCUAUGGUCACGCUGAAGGGAGAUCGGGAAUCGGAGAUAUAGGCCGCUAGUCGCUGGAGGACUAGAGCUUCCUCCGUGGGGUGAGAGGAGAUAAAAUGGCCGCUGAGAGGCCUCCCGGGCCUGUCUCCUAUCGCCGCGUUCCUAUUUUGUUGCGGACGGGCAGGUGAAGAGGAGCCCGGAGGGCCGGUGCGGUGAAGGUGGAAAGGACGAUGGGUUCCCAGACGCUGCAAAUCCUCCGGCAGGGAGUCUGGGCUUCCAUCACCGGCGGCUGGUACUACGACCCCCACCAGAGUACCUUUGUCAAUACCCUACACCUCUACAUCUGGCUCUUCCUCCUCUGCUUCCCCUUCACCCUGUACAUGGCACUCUCCACAUCUCUGGUGAUUGUUGCUGUGUACUGCCCAGUGGUUGCAGCUGUUUUCAUUGUGUUGAAGCUGGUUAACUACCGUCUGCACAGGGCACUGGAUGAAGGAGAAAUUGUGGAGAGGAGUGCUAGCGAGUUGACUGAGAGGGUGGCAAAGGCAGAACAUAGUGACAGCUCUGCAAGAAGAGAGGACAGCAAUGGACCCGGUGAUCCAGGUGGAGGGAUUGAAAUGUCUGAAUUUGUUCGAGAAGCAACUCCUCCAGUUGGAUGCAGUUCACGUAAUUCCUACUCUGGGUUGGACCCAAGCAAUCAGGUUGGAGUGUCUCGUUAUGGAGCUGCCUCUGGAAGCAAAGGGGAUACAGAUGCUGCAAAGACGUCAGAUGAUAUCAGUCUGAGUCUUGGCCAGAGUUACAGUUUGUGCAAAGAAGCAAGUGAAGACCAAGUUGUUUCCAAUGAGCUGCUGGAACUCCUUCAGACUGCAGAGAGAUUGAGAGUGCCAUGGUCAAAAUCGGACUUCAUCUCAGAUUUGACUGUGGAUCAGAAGCUUUUCCGUCUUGUCUCCAAUGACUCCUUUGUCUCCAUUCAGCCUUCAAUAUCCUCUGGUGGAACAGGCUUAACUAGAGACUUCAGUGACAAAGGAUCAAUACUAACACACAGUCAUCACCACCAUUUAGAUCUGUCUCUGUCUAAUGCCUGUGACACAGAAAUGGCCUCACUUGUUCCAUUGCAUUCACAUUCAUACAGGAAAGAUCAUCGACCAAGAGGUGUCCCAAGAACUUCAAGCUCUGCUGUUGCUUUCCCAGACACUUCUCUUACUGACUUUUCACUUUAUCAACCAAGGCGCGGGCUGGAUCCUGUUAGAGAACUUGAAGCUUCCAAACCACAUUCUGGGUCCAAAGAUUCACUGGUAGAUAAUGCUUGUGCUUCAGGGAUUUUUCAAUUAGACUGUCUAAAAAGCAAAGGAACCCAGCAGCUUUCAAUAACUGGUAGUGUUAAACACAUGAAGACUGACAAAAGCAUGGAUAGUUUAAGAAGCCUCAGUACAAGGAGCAGUGGCUCCACAGAAAGUUAUUGUAGUGGAACAGAUCGGGACACAAAUAGCACUGUUAGCAGCUACAAAAGUGAACAGACCAGUUCAACUCAUGUGGAAAGUAUUUUAUCUGAGCAUGAGGAUAUUACUGCUGCAAAGAGAGUCCACUGUGGUGACCUGGAAGAAGAACAUAGCUCUGCUACUGAUAAAAGGACUAGUAGUGUAAGGACCGCUGUAGAAAGAAACACUGCUCAGGAAGCCAAGGAGGCCAACACCUCUGAUGAUGUACAGAGUCCUAGGGGUCUUAGCUCUUCAGCAUCAGAAGAAGCUAAUAAGAACCCACACGCAAAUGAAUUAACUGUACAAACUGACUGGCUUCCAGGAAAACUGUCAGCAAACAUUGAAGAACCUGGGGAAAAACCAGUCAUUUUAGUUGACUUGAGAUCUUUAAAAGAAACGGGUAUUAAGCAGAGAGAUAAUGAUGUACGGCCCAAAUCAUCUAGUUUAAUACAUCGUACAUCCUCUGCUCAUAAAUCAUGCAGGAGACGGACAGGUAAAAAAAGAGCCAGCAGUUUUGAUGCAAGUAGACACAAAGAAUAUGUUUCCUUUCAAGGCAUAGCUGAUACCAAACCUCACAGUACUGGUUUUUGUCAUGAUGAAGAUUCUAGCGACCAAAGCGACUUGAGCAGGACCUCAAGCGUUCAGUCAGCCCACCGUUUCAGCAGUGAUAGCUCUUCCAGCACUACUUCCCAUUCAUGCCAGUCUCCUGAAGCAAGAUACAGUGCCCUAAGGACAAAAUAUCGAAUAAAAGAAAGAGGCACAGAUUCACAUCGCACGCACCUAAAUUGUGAAGGAACUAGUAAAAAGCGGUCCACCCGCAGGACUUCUAGUGCAAGUGGUACAAAGAGUCGAGUUCGAGUGUUAAGUCUGGACAGUGGCACUGUAGUUAGCUUGAGUGAUACCAACAGACUGGCUGCUCCUGAAAAUAUAAAACCCUUAACCACUUCUAAAUCAGAUCUAGAAGCCAAAGAAGGUGAAGUGCUAGAUCAGAUGUCUCUGUUGGGGCGAGCUUCACAGUUAGAAUCUGUAACACGGUCAAGAAAUAGUUUGCCCAGCCAGGUUACUUUCCAAGAAGCUGGAGAGCGAGAAGCAUCUGUUGGAGCACACGCCAGUGAGGAGACAGUAACAUUUCGCCGCGAACGCAGCACAUUUAGGCGCCAAGCAGUUCGGCGCAGACACAAUGCAGGGAGUAAUCCCACCCCUCCUGCAUCACUCAUCGGAUCACCUCUCAGCCUAGAAGGUAUUUGCCUCAUCCCAGGCCCAUCAUCUCUGCAACAGCAGCCAUAUCUGAAUAGGUGUCAGGAGAAAGCUGCGUACAGCCUUCAAGAUGGUCAUCAAGGCCAGCAGUCAUCAACCCAGGUCAAAGUACAGUCCCGCCCCCCUUCCCAGGCUGCAGUGCUCAGCGCUAGCGCCUCCUUGCUGGUGAGAAAUGGGAGUGUCCACUUAGACGCGUCACAUGACAAUGCAUCUGCCGUAGGCAGUAGCAGUUUGCACGAUGAACUUGGUAUGCAGGCCUUAUGUAACCUUGGUGACAUGGAAGUUUUAAUGCAGCACAUUUUGGGUAAAUUUACCCCAUCUCUGUAUGAGACCGGUGGUUGCGACAUGUCACUUGUAAACUUUGAGCCAGCUGCACGAAGAACGUCUAAUAAUCUUUGUGACACGGAUUCCCAUGUAUCAAGUUCUACCUCAGUUCGUUUCUACCCACAUGAUCUACUCUCUCUUCCCCAGAUCCGAUUAAACCGGCUGCUAACCAUAGAUACAGAUCUAUUAGAGCAGCAGGAUAUUGAUCUAAGCCCUGACCUGCAGGACCAGAUGCAACCACAGGAACAGGCUGCCCAUAAAGUAAAACACUACUACCGGUUUUGGAUUCUCCCAAAGCUGUGGGUUGGCAUCAAUUUUGACAGGCUUACUCUCUUAGCCUUGUUUGAUAGGAACCGUGAGGUCCUAGAAAAUGUGUUGUCUGUCAUUCUUGCCAUUCUAGUUGCCUUUUUGGGCUCUGUUCUUCUCAUAGAAGGCUUCUUUAAAGAUAUCUGGGUCUUCCAGUUUUGUCUUGUUAUAGCCAGCUGUCAGUACUCUCUCCUUAAGAGUGUUCAACCAGAUUCUUCUUCCCCAAGACAUGGCCAUAAUCGUAUCAUUGCCUAUAGUAGGCCUGUUUACUUCUGUGCCUGUUGUAGCCUUAUUUGGUUAUUGGAUUAUGGAAGCAAAAACAUGUCUACCACCAAAUACAAAUUAUAUGGAAUGGCCUUCACCAAUCCUCUGCUUCUAGUGUCAGCCAGGGACUUAGUCAUUGUCUUCACACUCUGUUUCCCGGUCGUGUUCUUUAUUGGUCUCCUGCCUCAGGUGAACACAUUCGUCAUGUACCUGUGUGAGCAAAUAGAUAUACAUGUGUUUGGUGGAAAUGCUACCACCAGCUUGCUUGCUGCAGUUUACAGCUUUAUCCGUAGCAUUGUGGCCAUAGCUUUACUCUACGGACUGUGUUACAUUGCUCUUAAGGAUCCAUGGGAUGUCCAACACAUUCCUGUAUUAUUCUCCAUUUUCUGUGGUGUUCUUGUGGCAGUUUCUUACCAUCUCAGCCGACAGAGCAGCGACCCCUCAGUCCUCAUCUCACUGGUGCAAUCAAAGAUUUUUCCAAACAGUGAGGAUACAAAUCCUGAAGACCCGCUGUCCGAAGUGAAAGACCCUCUUCCAGAAAAACUGAGAAGCUCUGUUAAUGAACGGCUUCAGUCAGACGUAGUGGUCUGUGUAGUUAUUGCAGUGUUGUACUUUGCUAUCCAUGUCAGCACUGUAUUUACCGCAUUACAGCCGGUUCUGAGCUACGUACUCUAUGCACUAGUUGGUUCUGUUGGACUCCUUACUCACUACAUUCUACCACAAGUACGGAAGCAGCUUCCUUGGCACUGCUUCUCCCACCCGCUGCUGAAAACAAAGGAAUAUUACCAAUUUGAAGUCCGAAAUGCUGCUCAUCUGAUGUGGUUUGAGAAGGCUCACGUCUGGCUGCUGUUUCUUGAGAAGAACAUUAUUUAUCCUCUCAUAGUUCUCAAUGAGCUUAGCAUUGGUGCUAAGGAUAUAGUCAGCCCUAAAAAUCUGGAUGUAGAAAUUGGUGCGCUGUUGAUCACCAUUGCCGGAAUGAAGCUGCUGAGGUCAUCUUUUAGCAGCCCCACCUGCCAGUAUGCCACUGUCAUUUUCACUGUCCUCUUCUUUACUUUUGACUACAAGGAGUUUACCGAAAAACUACUGCUCGAUCUGUUCUUCAUGUCAAUCCUCUUCAGCAAGCUCUGGGAACUGUUUUACAAGCUCCGCUUUGUCUACACUUACAUUGCUCCUUGGCAGAUUACGUGGGGAUCAGCAUUCCAUGCUUUUGCUCAGCCGUUUGCUGUACCUCACUCUGCAAUGCUGUUUGUACAGGCGAUUAUUUCUGCGCUGUUCUCUACUCCCCUGAACCCUUUCUUGGGGAGUGCAAUCUUUAUUACAUCAUAUGUACGCCCUGUCAAGUUUUGGGAGAGAGACUACAAUACAAAGAGAGUUGACCACUCGAACACACGAUUAGCCUCUCAGCUUGACAGAAAUCCAGGUUCAGAUGACAACAACUUGAAUUCCAUAUUUUAUGAGCAUCUCACACGCUCCCUUCAGCAUAGUUUGUGUGGUGACCUGUUGCUUGGCCGCUGGGGAAAUUACAAUACUGGGGAUUGCUUUAUUCUGGCCUCCGAUUAUCUCAAUGCCUUGGUGCACCUUAUUGAAAUAGGCAACGGCCUGGUAACCUUCCAGCUAAGAGGACUAGAGUUCAGAGGUACUUACUGCCAGCAGCGUGAAGUUGAAGCAAUUACUGAGGGCGUAGAGGAAGAUGAAGGCUUUUGCUGUUGCGAGCCUGGACAUAUUCCACAUAUGCUUUCCUUCAAUGCUGCUUUUGGACAGCGCUGGUUGGCAUGGGAAGUCUUGGUUACAAAGUAUGUUCUUGAAGGUUACAGCAUCACUGACAAUAGUGCAGCCUCUAUGCUUCAAGUGUUCGACCUUCGCAGAAUCCUCACUACCUAUUAUGUUAAGGGCAUUAUAUACUAUGUGACUGCAUCUUCCAAACUAGAGGAGUGGUUAGCAAACGAGACAAUGCAGGAAGGUCUUCGGCAAUGUUCUGACCAUUGUUAUGUGGAUGUAGAUCCAACUUUCAACCCUAAUAUUGAUGAAGACUAUGACCUUCGCUUAGCUGGCAUUUCCCGGGAGAGCUUCUGUGCAAGUUACCUUAACUGGAUUAAGUACUGUUCCUCUAGAAGGGAGAAGCCUCUUGAUGCUGAAAAGGAUUCACCUUUGGUAACACUUUGUUAUGGCCUGUGCAUUUUGGGGAGAAGAGCACUUGGUACAGCUUCUCAUCACAUGUCCAGCAAUUUGGAGUCAUUUCUUUAUGGUCUACAUGCCUUGUUUAAGGGAGAUUUCCGCAUAUCGUCUCUCCGUGAUGAGUGGAUUUUUGCUGAUAUGGAGCUUUUAAGAAAAGUUGUGGUUCCUGGCAUCCGCAUGUCCCUUAAACUUCAUCAGGACCACUUCACAUCUCCUGAUGAGUAUGAAGAUCCUGCAGUUUUGUAUGAAGCCAUCAUGUCUCAUGAGCAGAACCUUGUUAUUGCGCAUGAGGGAGAUCCAGCAUGGAGGAGUGCUGUUCUUUCCAACUCUCCUUCACUUCUUGCACUGCGUCAUGUGAUGGAUGAUGGAACCAACGAAUACAAGAUCAUCAUGUUAAAUAAACGUUAUCUAAGUUUUAGAGUCAUUAAGGUAAACAAGGAGUGUGUGCGGGGCUUAUGGGCUGGUCAGCAGCAAGAGUUGGUUUUCCUUCGUAAUCGGAACCCUGAAAGAGGAAGCAUCCAAAAUGCUAAACAGGCUCUCAGGAAUAUGAUCAAUUCCUCAUGUGACCAACCUAUUGGAUACCCUAUUUACGUUUCCCCACUGACAACCUCUUAUUCAGACAGCCAUGAUCAGCUUAAAGAGAUAUUUGGUGGGCCAAUUAGUUUGGCCAAUAUCCGGAACUUUAUUGUAUCUACAUGGCACAGGUUAAGGAAAGGUUGCGGUGCAGGAUGCAAUAGUGGUGGAAAUAUUGAAGACUCUGACACUGGAGGCGGGACCUCCAUAAAUAGCAACAAUCCACCAAAUGCAAAUGAAACUCAGAGCAGUGUAUCACAAGUUGGUGUCCCAGCUGGAACAGGACAUGUGCCGAAUGCACGACUCCAGCCUCCGGGGAUGCCUCAUCCAUCAACACUAGGAACCAGUCACAGUUCCCACUCCAUGCAAUCAAGCCUUGUAAGACAUUCCCCAGCUCAUGGAUCUGUAGCAAGUCAAUCAUCUUACUGCUACAACAGCCGUCACUCAUCACUAAGAACAUCCACAACAGGAUUUGUGCCUUGUAGGCGCUCUUCUACCAGCCAGCUAUCGCUUCGUAAUCUCCCCUCAUCCAUUCAGUCCCGUCUUUCCAUGGUGAACCAGACCGACCCCACAGGACAGGCCGUUUUGGUUGGCCUUCCUUCCUCCAGCAGCUCAAGCCAGAGCAUCCCUGCAUGCAAAAGACACGCCUUAGUGGGCUUUUUGGGAACAGAAGGUGGCAAUAACCUCACUGAAACACAAUCCUGUGGCAAUUAUAGUCCAGCAACUCAUUCAAGAGCCAAAAAGGAAGAGGUUGUAUACAGAGUACAGAUUGUGGAUCCAAGCCAAGUGCUUGAAGGUGUGAAUAUAUCCAGACGGAAGGAGCUGCAGUGGCCUGAUGAGCUGGUGCGGCUAAAAGCUGGAAAGAACAGCUGGAAAGACUGGAGCCCUCAGGAAGGCAUGGAAGGCCAUGUAAUUCACCGCUGGGUGCCUUGCAGCAGAGACCCUUGUAAUAGGUCCCACAUUGACAAAACAAUCCUGCUGAUUAAGAUUGAGGACAGAUAUGUUGCUGUGAUUGAAACGGGUGUGCUUGAACUCGGAGCCGAAGUAUGAGGCUGCCUUUCACCCAUCUUUCCAGGAUUCAGAGAGAACUGAACUGUUACAGAAUUCCAGAAGGAUUUUUAAAAAAAAGGGCUUUUCAUUGAGCCCAGUCAAUGUAAAGUUUUUUUUUUUUUUUCCGGGGGUUGUUUUACUUAUCUGUCGAAGUUUAAAAAAAGAAAAAAAAAACUGGUUAUAAGACCAUUCAUUAUCUUGUAUGUGAAAAAAUAUAAUGCUAUGCAUUUCAUAUGCUUUAAGUCAGAAACAUAUUGUACUUCUCUGUUCAAAAUAUGGUCUUCAUAUUUUUCUAAUUUAUUUGCCAAAAAAAUAAUUGCCAUGUUCUCAUACUGUAGCAUGUCUUUCACCCCCCCUCCCCCAACUUCACCUGUAAAAAUAGAUUCAGUUUUUUUGAGAGCAGUAAAUGUUUUAUAUACGGUAAGAAGGCUGCAAAUUCGCUGACUUUUUGUUUUGUUUUUUUUUGUGGUGAAGACUUUUGAGGAAACUGCACUAAAAUAUUUUUUUUUUCUACAACAAUGCACUAAAGUCUGAUAUCUAUUGAAAUUGAUAUUUAUAAAUAUAUACAGAAAAUACCAUUA